GCUGCAAGGCUCAGAGGUCUGUCCUGUGCCUCUUGUACUUUGGCACCUCACCUAGAAAAAAAAUCCCUCACCAGGUAGGUGCUGCAAUUAACCUCCUCCUCAGGUUCCUCCUCUUGUGUGAUGGUCUGUGGGAAGCUGGGAUUUUUCUCUCCAGGUGCCCAUCUGACUUUUGUUUUCUUCUGUCAGCUCUCAUUGUAUUCCACUCAUUUUAUUAAUCCCAUUUUUAUUGCAUAUCCCCAUGUUCUGUGCUGGUUCAGUAUUCCUUCAGCUUUCUCCCACUUGAUCUGUUAUAAAGGGAGAAGUAGGAUGGAGCCUCCCUCACUUACAGUAGUGACCCCUGCUAGACUCAGACUGACCCUUUCCAUUUCACUGUCUGUUUGAUCCUUCUAGAUCUGUACCCUAUUUAUUACAGAUUUUUAUUUUUUGUUUGCAAACUUCUGAUUUCACUGGGCUGCAUAGCAAGUGGCUUCAAAUGUGUUGUAAGCUGAACUUUAUCCCUGUCUUGUGUGCCAGGUAUGCUGGAUAGUUUUCCCAGAGUAGCUGAGCAGAAAUUUUUUCUUACCAAAGCACGCUAAGUUGCAUUUUGUCCUUCUUUCCGCCCAAUUUAUUUCCAUGGCAUCGAUUAUUAGGCGUGGGGUUUUUCUGCAGUGAUCAUUCUGUUGGCAAGGGAUGUUUAGUCCCACCAUUGUCCUGUAGCCAGCCCUGAGUAGAAGAUGGGUGUAAUCCAGUAGUGAGCAACAACACAAUGCUGCAGGUUGGGCAGUGAACAACAUUCAUUGAGCUGGAUCAGCUGAAGGGACUUCAGACAAACUCAGUGCUCAUCUCUGAGCUCAGGUUAAGCUCCCACUUGAAUAUCCUUGCUCUUAAUAUUUGCAGUAAGGUCUAUCAAUAAUGAUUCAGAGAGAAUACCACUGAAUCAACAAAGUCAGGUCAUAGGGUCACACAGUGACACUGAACAAAUCCUGCUCUGCUCAGUCCAAAAUCCUGUAGUUGAUAAGUGCAGAUAAACAUAAGGAAUUAUCCCUGCUCCAUUCAUUAACAUUGUAUGUUGCUUUUUACAUAACUAGGUGAAAAAUACCUAAAUAUUUUGCAAAAGGUAGACACAGCCCUGAAGCGUGAUACCCCUCGUGUUCAGUGCAUGACUACCUGCUUCUGACCUAAUAUAUUAUAAUCCCUUUGGCAUUAUCCACCAAGCUCAAGUUUAUUCCAGUGUUUCUCAGCAUAGCCUGUGCAGCAGUUUAUCACACAGUGUUCAUGAGCUUGGUCUUGCAGAGGCUGCCUUCAUCUCCUAAUGGCCAGAAAAAGCACUGAGAGCACCAAGCGCUGCAACAGAGUGGACAAACAAUCUAUAUUUCAAUCUUGCUGAGAUUUCUCCAGUCCUGUGCUGUCAACCAAAAUGCUAAGAAUAAAUUCGGGAAAGGAAACAAGUCACAUCAAAUUUUGAGCCUUGACUGUCUCCUAAUGAGGGGCAGCUUCAUGCUCACAGAUCUGGUGUGGGGCUUUCACACCGUUCCAGUGGUUCCAGUUCUGCAGGCAUGCUUUAAGGACUGGGGUGAAGCACAAAUUGGGAAUGCUUAAAAAAAGCAUUUGGGUGACUUUUCAGUGCCUCUCAGAUUCCUUGUCAAGGACAAGUAUCCUCUGGCUCCUUUUUCUCAGGAAAAGAAAUAAGUAAUGAGCAACAGCCAAAGCUUUAUGAUUGCUACCGGAUAAUGGCAGUGGAAGAUGAGCUGAUUUUAUGAAACUGAAUAUGGAAUAAAAUAGGGUGUGGGGUUCAAGCAUGAGCCCCUGAGUCAUAGCCUCUACAUAACAUCUACAGGAGUGCCCGAAAUUAAAAGUGAUUGUGUGAUGUGGCAGGCAGAUGAACAUUUGUUGCUGCUUUGUCAGCCAGCCUUUCACAUCUGCAGAAAGCAUCAGGAGAGCAUCUAAAAGCAUGGUGGGUUUUCUGUUAGAUGUAAUGAGCACAUAUUGUUCACGGAUUCAGCUGUUUCUACUAUUUUAAUACCUGAGCUGACAUUUCAAAGUGCUGGGAAUGCUGGAGCCACAGAUCAAUGAGAAUCUUAAGCAAGCAAUAGUGUUUGCAAAAAGCUCUGUAGCAUUUGAUGGUGUAUUUCAAGGUCUCUGAUAAACUGGCUGAGCUGAUAAAGGACUGAGACAAUGGAUUCAGUAUUCAUUCCAGUAUUAGAGUCACUGAGCUGAUUCAAAAAUGUUUAAGGAUCCCAGAAGAAAUGGCUCACUUCAGAAGGGACAUUGCUCCAGCACUAUGUCCAGUGUCACAAGUACAGACAAAUGAGGAGCUGCCAAAUGCUGUAGUUGAACAAACCCUUCAUGAUGUCAAUCAAAAAGGAAGGUGCCCACAAGAAGUGGGCUGCCCUGAAGGAGAAACUGGGACCCCAGGAGACCGACCAGUCAGAGGCCAACCUGGAAAAUGCAGAGCCAGAGCUGUGCAUCCGCCUCCUGCAAAUGCCCUCCGUGGUGAAUUACUCCGGGCUGAAGAAGAGGCUGGAGAACAGCGACGAUGCCUGGAUGGUUCAGUUCCUGGAGCUGUCUGGGCUGGAUCUCCUCCUGGAGGCCCUGGACAGGCUGUCUGGGCGAGGAGUGGCCAGGAUAUCUGAUGCCUUGCUUCAGCUCACCUGCAUUAGCUGUGUGCGAGCAGUCAUGAACUCCCACAAAGGCAUAGAAUACAUUGUGAGCAACGAGGGCUACGUCAGAAAACUCUUCCAAGCACUUGACACAACUAAUGUCAUGGUCAAAAAGCAAAUAUUUGAGCUCCUGGCUGCACUGUGCAUUUACUCAUCAGAUGGCCACUCUUUGGCUCUGGAUGCCUUGGACCAUUACAAGAGUGUGAAGAACCAGCAGUAUCGAUUCAGCAUCAUCAUGAACGAGCUCUCCAACACAGACAAUGUGCCAUACAUGGUGACACUGCUGAGUGCUAUCAAUGCCAUCAUCCUGGGGAAAGAAGAGCUAAGAACAAGGACACAAAUCAGAAAUGAGUUCAUAGGGCUUCAGCUGCUGGAUGUUUUAGACAAGCUAAGAGACAUCGAGGAGGAGGAUCUGCUUAUCCAGUGUGACACAUUUGAGGAGUUCAAAAUAGAGGAUGAUGAGGAGUUACUAAGGAUAUGUGAUGGGAUAAACAUGAAUGAUCAUCAUGAGGUCUUUUCAUCUCUCUUCAAUAAAGUGAGCCGCUCUCCAGUCUCUGUCCAGCUGCUGUCCAUCCUCCAGAGCCUGCUGCACUUGGAACCAUCUCACCAUUCCAGCCUCCUGCUGUGGGAGUCCUUGGAUGCCGUAGUGAACAGAGCCCUUUUACUCGCCAAUGACAUCCAAGGGAACACAGUUGAAGAAGUCAUUGAGAGGCUGCUGUCCAUCAAAAAGCACCCAAACAAGCAAAAGCGAGCAGAAAACCGCCUGUCUGGGAGCGCAGCUGGAGGCGUCCAGGGGGAGCCAGAGCCAUGUGCACAUGCAGCUCGGUGUCCAGUGGGAUCAUCAAACCCCACCAGGGCACCAGCAACAUCCUCAGGGCCACUGGCCAACGAAAAGAAGAUCUCGUCCUGCCAGUUCACAGCCUGCUGUGCUCUGCCAGAGAAAUCUAACCCUCCCUCCAGCACUGCUCCCAACCCAGCACCUCCAGCCCCACCACCUCUACCCUCUGGCACAGCAGCCAUGAACCCCACAUCCUCCAUGACAAAUACACCUCCAGUCCCUGGCAUCCCUCCACCUCCACCCCCACUGCCUGGCAUGGGCAUGGGGGUUGCUCCCCCUCCUCCUCCACCACCAUUGCCUGGCAUGGGAGGUAUUCCCCCUCCACCUCCAUUGCCUGGCAUGGUGAGCAUUCCACCCCCUCCACCUCCACUGCCUGGCAUGGGGGGUAUCCCUCCUCCUCCACCUCCACUGCCUGGCAUGGGGGGUAUCCCUCCUCCUCCACCUCCACUGCCUGGCAUGGGGGGUAUCCCACCCCCUCCACCUCCAUUGCCUGGCAUGGGGGGUAUCCCACCCCCUCCACCUCCAUUGCCUGGCAUGGGGGGUAUCCCUCCCCCUCCACCUCCAUUGCCUGGCAUGGGGGGUAUCCCACCCCCUCCACCUCCAUUGCCUGGCAUGGGGGGUAUCCCUCCUCCUCCACCCCUCCUUCCUGGCAUGACAGGAGACCACAUAGAAGCCGUGGUGGCCUCCCAGUACAGCUGCCCCCUUGGUUUGGGCAGGCCUCCCCACAAGACAGCAAAGACACCAACGCUGAGAAUGAAGAAGCUGAACUGGCAGAAGCUGCCCUCCAACGUGGUGAGAGAGAGCCACUCAAUGUGGGCUUCUGUGAGCAGCAGCAGUGAGGAAACCAUAGAGCCCAACUACAGCAGCAUUGAGCAGCUGUUCUGCUUCCCACAGCCAACCCCCAAGGAGAAGACAGCAGCACCAGUGAAGGCAGAGCCGAAGGAGAUCACAUUUUUGGACUCCAAGAAAAGUCUCAAUUUGAACAUAUUUUUGAAGCAAUUUAAAUGCUCCAAUGAAGAGGUGACUGCCAUGAUCCAGAAUGGGGACCGGACCAAGUUUGAUGUUGAGGUUCUGAAGCAGUUGCUGAAGCUGCUGCCUGAAAAGCAUGAGAUAGAAAACCUGAAGGCCUUCAAAGAAGAGAAAUCAAAGCUAGCAAAUGCAGAUCAGUUCUAUCUUCUCCUCCUUCAGAUUCCCAGCUACCAGCUGCGCAUUGAGUGUAUGCUGAUCUGUGAAGAGACCACCGUCGUGCUCGACAUGAUUCAGCCCAAAGCUGAAGCCAUCCGGAGAGCCUGUGAAGAUCUUUUGACCAGUCAUCGCCUGCCAGUCUUUUGUCAGCUGAUUCUCAAAGUUGGAAACUUCCUGAACUACGGAAGUCACACAGGCGAUGCCGAUGGGUUUAAAAUCAGCACUUUACUCAAACUAACAGAAACCAAAGCAAACCAAACCCGCAUUACACUGCUCCACCAUAUUCUAGAGGAAGUAGAAAACAGCCACAAGGACCUACUGGAGCUGCCAAAGGAUCUUGAAUAUGUUUCAAAAGCAGCAGGAAUUAAUCUUGAUAUUAUACGCACGGAGUCCGGUACCAAUUUAAAGAAGUUGCUGGAGCUUCAGCGGAAAGUCUUAUCAUCAAAUGAGGAUGUGAAACAGCAAUAUGAGAAACCCAUCCAGGACAGCAUUGAUGCCUCCAGAAAGCUAGAAGAAGAAUUUGAAACCAUUGAAAAGAAGAGAGAAGAACUUGCAAAUUAUCUCUGCGAAGACCCAAGCAAGUUGUCCUUAGAGGACAUAUUUAGCAUCAUGAAGACCUUCAGAGAUCUCUUCAUCCGAGCCCUGAAGGAAAACAAGGACAGAAAGGAGCAAGCUGCCAAAGCAGAGAAAAGGAAAAAACAGCUAGAAGAGGAAGAGGGGAAGAGACAGAAGGGAGAAAAUGGAAAAGUCAUCAAGAAGGGGUUGAUGAAGCAGGAGGAGGUGUGUGUCAUCGACGCCCUGCUCGCCGACAUCAGGAAAGGGUUCACGCUGAGAAAGACAAAGAACAGACACGAGUCAGAUGCAGUUCCUAAAGCCUUGUCUGCAGAGAGCCCAGAGGAAAGCCAGUCUGGAAAGGAUCCACAAGCAGCAGGGAAGCAGGCUGAUGACAAGACCAAGCAAAACAAGGAUGAUCAUCCCUCAGAAAGCACUCCUCCCUCAACCACUGCCCCGAUGGAGACAGGUGGAAGUGUUACAAAUGGUUCAGCUUCAGGCCAGGUAUUAUCUAAAAACAAUGCUGGAGGAAGUUUGCCACUGGAGUCCCAGACCAAAAGCCCCUCAGUGAGCAUGGUGGAAGAUGAUGGAGCCAGUCAGACCAUGCUGGGCCCCGGGAUGGAGCAGGCAAACAGCGUGGAAAGCCUCCAGCCCAGCACAAAGAGCGGCUCCCUUGCCUUCUCUGUGGCUGACAUAGGCACAAGGAUAAGCUUUGUGAGCAGCAGUUCAGCCUCUGCUCUGGGAGACCAAGUGAGCUGGACUAACGGGUCCAUGUCAGGAGGCCAGGACAAGGAAUGCCCAACUGGGGGCUCAGAGAGUGCUCAGUCUGCUCCCUGCAGUGAGGCUCAGCAGGCAGAGUCAAAAGAAAUGACGAAGGAGAAUGAAGACCCUGGUACAGACUCACUGUUGGACACCUCUCAAGACAAGUCCUUCUCAGAAGAGCCAGCCACUGACUCCUCUUGUUCAGCAACACUUCCCCCAGAGCAAACUCACAGCGACAGGGAAAAGCAGAGGACAUCAGGGAAACGGAAGAAGAAGAAGAGGCACAGCAAAAGCUACUCAGCAGAGGUUGAGACUGAUACUGGAGAUAAUAAAACAAAAAAAGAUUGUGUGACACAAUGAGGUGUCACAGCAAGGCAGAAGGUAUGAGAGAACCUCUCAGGUGUCCCUGGAGUGCUGCCAGCUUCUGAGACUCCAGCUUCUGCAUCAAUGAAAUGCCACCAUGGACAGCUUCUGCCCCAUGAAGACCCACAGCCUCUCUUCAUGCAGCCUUUCACUCCCCUCCCCAGGACCUAAAGAGCCUCCCCAGAGACUUUGGGCCCCUCAGCCUGUGCCUUGCACUGGGCACCUGUGGGGGCAGGGGAUAGUUCUGUGCAUAGUGGCAGUGAAAGGGUCAGACCUGCCAUCCACUGUCCUGGAAGCCAAGUCUUUCAACCUGCUCUUAGGCCAAACUCCUCUUGAAAUGACAGAUGAGUGUGGCCCAAGAACAGACUGCGGGGUUUAGCCCUCGAAAAAUUGUUAAAAACAGCAGUGCCUCAACUAAAUUAAAGGUAUAAAUUAAGCAGUGGCUGUACCAUCAUGGGUGGAGGUGUGUAAAGUCCCUCUUCUCAUUGCCCACUGAUGACUUAUAUUGGACCAGGUCCAAGACCCAAGAUUGGACAAAUGUAUUUUUACUCUCAAUCACUUAAAGCAAGGGAAAUUGGUUACAUGGGAAAAAAAAGUGAAAAUAUGUAUUUUAGUAAGCAUAUGGCCAUAUAAAUAGUGUCUGGUUCCUACAUGAUGGUUAUGUGCAAUUAAGUUAAAGAGCAUCAGUAGUUUUAAGUAGUCUUGUCACACACACUGAUGCAUCCAUCAACUUUUGGAGAACCAGGGCCCUAGUUUCUCUUACUAAAGCAAAAAGAAGAGGUUCUUCAGAGUGCUCUAUUGGAGACAUUUUCAGCUUAUCCCGUAGUAAAUCUCUGGGUUUGAUUUCCAUUGUCAGCUGCUUGUACUCAAGAGUCUAUGUCCAAGCUGCAGAACGUGUGGAAUCAUGUUACUUUGGCUUUAAAACUGGGACUGUGCAGUACUGUGUUUUCAAAAUUCAGAGCUUUAUUUCUCAAGUUUUGUAAUAACACUGUAUAAUAAUUCUGUACAUAGCUGUCAAUUUAAAAUUAUCUAUGUUUGUUGAAUCUGUGGUAUGAUAUGUACUGAAACAUAAAUCCAGUGGAAGAGCUGGGUACAUUUCAGAACUGUUCAUUUAUAUGGUGACUCACUGUGGCUAAACUAAUGUGCAGGCUAAAGCUUAUUUUGCUUUGCUUAAUAGGACUUGUAAUGUCCUUGUAAUACUGAAAACUUAGAAGUGAAACCAAGAAUUAAAUCACUGGUUUGUUUUAA